AUUGGCUGCCAACAGCUCAGCAAAGAGGUCUUGUCGCCCCAGUCCAAUUACACACAAUAUCCCACAGAACCUAAUGGUACGGAGCCUAAAUUCCUGUCCAAUGAUUUAGAAUGCCAUGACGAAGAAGAGGGAAAAGUGGGUCUUGAUCUGACUCGACAACUGGAGGCAGAGGAGCACGACGUCUACCGCUUUUCCAAUACAUCGGGACUCACUCUUGCCUGCCUUCUCGGCUUCUCAUUUCGCAGCCCCAUCAAUGCUAGUCAUUCCAUAGGUUUUUCAAGCAACCAACGACGACGAAAAUCUUUUCCCGUUGGAAUUGAACUAAACUUUGAUCCGGAAAUUCAGUCGAAUGUAGUCAGUUUUGAUGACUGUGAUGCGGAGCUCCUUCUAUCAGUCGAGGCGACCCGUUGUGCAGCGUCUAGUGUCUGGGGCUUAGCAGGCCGAGUGUCUAAAUUGCUGGCUGCUCACUUAGCAAGUCAUGGACAUGCAAAGGGAGCAGGCUCAAUCAAAUUUUCAGAUAAAUUAACAGGCACGUGCAUAAAGGAGUAUACAUUUAUGCCGAACCUUAUAAUCGUUUCGGGCCUAACUUCUGAUUAUUCCUUUUCGCUCUUUGACGAUUUUUUUUCAAUAUGA